CACCACGAAGAACGUUAAGGCGUCGGCGGGGUUUUCCUAGCUUUUAAAGGGUACUGUAUUUCGGAUUUUUUUCUUCCUAGUUACGUUAUGUUUUGGGUGGCUUGACAGGAAGUACUCACCGUCAGUCCUUUAUUCAUCUGGACAUUCUGGCUUCUCUUUCACCCACUCUUGUCACUUUUUGUUCCUUCUGGCUUGGUGUCGGGCUUCAGCCAGCUUGCAGUUCUCCGUACCCCCCGCUAGGAAGCUGUCUGCCUCCUCCUUUGGAAGCUCCUUCUGUUCAACAAAACAAACCGCAGCAAGACGGCGCCGAUCGUGCCUUGGGCUUUCUGUAAGCACCGGUGACAGCGAAAUCGCCGACAAUGUGGAGAGGUUAUCGGCACCGCUGGUCUGGAGACCAACAGUAAUAACGACGAGCGGCUGGGAUCUUACUGGGCACUGAGAUCCACGGAGGAGCUGCUCGCUGAGCAAGGCGUUGAAAGCAGCAGCCGCCGCGAUCUGAUAGCUAGCUGGCCAGCCAGGGUCGACUUGGAAUCCCAACCCGAGGAAACCGUUGGUUGGGGGCAGCGAUCACGAUGAGAGUGUGAACAGACGGAGGGGACAUCCACUGGGAUCUUAGUGUGAAAAGGCGGGGGACGGCAACCGGAAUCAAAGAGCGAAUGUUUAAGAGCCGGUAGGGAAUUGCGAACCAAAGCCAAAGCGAGCCGAGACAGCGGGGGAGCAAAGUGUGAGGAGGAUCGGAAGGCGAAAGCGACCUCGGGGUUUCUCAGUCACGAGCGCACUGGGAUCCGAGUCCCAGGAGAGGAGAAAAAGGGGGAGCAUCCGUGAUUCGUGACGGAAGAGAAAGCGGCCAGGGGCCGAAGCUGCAGCGGUCCGGGUUCUCAAGGUAGCAAAGUUCCAUUAGAUGGAGAUGAGCAUCUUGGUGUGGACUUCAUGACUUUGACUCACGGAGACUGAUGAGAAGAAAUUUAUCUGCAUGGACGCACCAGAAGCUGCAGAAGUGACAUGAUUUUCAAUAGCUGACAAAAGAAGAAAAAACAGAUUGCAGCAGACAGGGUGGGCCAUGUUUUUAUUGUACAUCACCACACCCUAAGGCUGGGUAGACUUAAGUCCAAGGAAAGAAGAAGAACUGCCUUUUUAGCUGGAACUUCAGAGUUAAUUCUGAAAGUGGCAGGAAAAAAAAAGCAGCUGCGGUUUAGGAGAUGAUGUUGUCAUGCAACGUUGGAUUACUGCAGACAAACUCAUAAUUAGAUCUUGUUUUCACAUAUCAGGUUAAAAAUUCAAAAAGUGAACAUUUUUCAGAAGACUGUAGGAAAGAUGACCAGCCUGUUUCGUCGGAGCAGCAAUGGAAGCUCACGGAAUGGUUCCGCUACCAACAAUGGAACAGCCUCUGGGGCUGGUACAACCCAGGAGCUCAAUAACAGCCGGCCAGUGCGGCAGGUCCGCAGGCUUGAAUUCAACCAGGCCAUGGAGGACUUCAAGACUAUGUUCCCUAAUAUGGACUAUGAUGUAAUUGAGUGUGUGCUACGGGCCAACAAUGGUGCAGUGGAUGCCACCAUUGAUCAGCUCCUGCAGAUGAACAUUGAGGGCCACAGCUUGGAUGACAGUUCUGAUUCAGAUGACAGCAUUCCUCCAGAGAUCUUGGAGCGAACUCUGGAGCCAGACAGUUCAGAUGAAGAACCUCCACCAGUUUACUCUCCCCCCACAUAUGAUAUGCACAUCUAUGAUAGAAAGUACCCAGAAGCACCACCUACUCCCCCUCCAAGGUUUGAUGCACAACCAACUCUUGUUCCACAGCAACCACGGCAUUAUCGAAACUGGAAUCCCCCAUUACUGGGCAACCUUCCAGAUGACUUCUUGAGGAUACUACCACAGCAAAUGGAGAGUAUGCAGGUAAAUUUGGGUGGGCCAAUCUCAGGGAGGAGCAGGGGGUGCCCUCCAGGUCUGCCAGGGGCUGCCACAGAACAGGAGCACAAGCUGAAGCAGUAUUUGGAAGACGAAAGGAUUGCGCUAUUUUUGCAGAAUGAGGAGUUCAUGAAAGAGCUACAGAGGAACCGCGAGUUCCUCAUUGCACUGGAAAGAGAUCGGCUAAAAUAUGAAUCAAAGAAAUCAAAAUCCAACCUGGCUGGCAUGGGCAUGGAGAAUCCAUCACCAGGUGAUCACAGUGCGCCCUGCUCGGGAGAAGCUUGCCAUGGUGUGUCUGAUGAUGCUUUGUUCAGAGAUAAACUGAAGCACAUGGGUAAAUCCACAAGAAAAAAGCUAUUUGAAAUUGCCCGAACUUUCUCAGAGAAGACAAAGAUGAGGAAGCCGAAAAGGAAGACCCUGCUAAAACAUCAGUCCCUGGGGAGUGCAGCCUCCACUGCCAACCUCUUGGAUGAUGUGGAAGGAAACUCCUGUGAUGAAGACACGCUGAUCAGAAGGCAACUUGCUGUACAAGAAGAAGGUAGUCUACACAAAGAAGGGUUGUCAUGAUCCCCCGAGGUCUCAGCUCUUUGGGACAUCGAUGCUGCAGCCAAGUUUGCAUUAAGUGGGUGUAUCAGCUAUAUGACGUCCUCCUGUCCUAAGCAGCAUUCUGCCAGAUUUUAUUCAUCAGCUGUCUUAACCCUGGGGCAGUAGCUGUGUGACUCAUCAGAUCUGUCGUCUUGAGGAGCGACAUUAACACAGGGCUCUCCUGCUACUUGUUGAUCCACCUUUUGCUUUUAACGCAGAGCAAUUUUCUCAUUCUUUUUCUUUUCCUUUUUAACAUAAAACAAACAAAAAAAGACGUCAUUUUUCUUUAGCCGCCAUUGCCCCAGGAAAAUAAGUGUAUUAUUGAGUUUAAAGAGUAUGAUUUGGCCUUGGGUUAUUCAGCAUGCAUGAGGUGGCAGCAGAGCUUUGAUAGAUCAUUCAGUCUUUACUUUCUGGGCCUUUGGAACAUGGCUUAAAAAGGCUUAACUCUUUCACACAAAAGACAAUGUCGACAAGUUUCUUCAGAAGGUAUUAGGUGAAGUGAAUGUCCGUGGUAUCAGCCAUUUUGUUUGAUGUGUGUAUUUGUUCCUACAAACAAGCUCUAGAAGCAGUAUGUACCCCCGUUCUGUUCUGUCAUGUUUUGAGUAUUCACCUUGCCUACUUUGGUGCUCUAGCUGGACUUUAUGAGCAGAUACUGCUUAUAGCUGCACCUUUGUUCCAAGAAAUGAUAUGGGAGAUGGCAUUAGAGUAGUACCCAUUAUUUUCAGAAAUUAACAUUUCCAGUUGCUACUGGAAAAAAAAAAAAAUUUUUUCCAUAUUGUAGGUCUCUGUGAGGCUAAUAUCACAUAAAGGUACAGAUAUCUAUAGUAGUCAGCCAGCAGCCGUUAUCUGCUACUUAUCCCUGAGCAUGGUGUGCGAGUGCUUAUGUUGACGUCGAUACCCACUUAUCAGUGUAGACCUUUUACCUUUGUCUUUAUCUUACUUUGAUAGACUCAAACAUAUUUCAGAGUUGCAUGCUGCAACUGAUGCAAAUCCAAGCUACUUGCACACAGAAUGUUUUUCAAAGCUAACCAUACAUGCAUUUAAACUGCAUUAAGGAAGCCAUGCACUGGUUUGAGGUCGCUAGAGAAGCAUGUGGAGACCCCAUGAGCAAUCAUAAAAUCCACCUGGCACCAUAUUAAACAGUUUCCUUCAGAGACAUGCACUACUCCGACAGUGCCUUUCUUAUUUUUUUCUGAAAAUCUUGAGCUCAAGGUCAGUAAUUCAUUAUUUUGUCUCUCAGAGUGACAGGGCAUAGAGGCUAGAUGGAUGUAUAUUGUUUUGGGAUAUCCAAGUUAAAUCUUUCCAAGCCCCAUUUACUUCACCAGACUUUAUGUAAUCAGUUACGUGCUGAUUGCAUGGUGCAUUUCACAAAUGUGACGGAAAAGAAAGCAGUGCAACACUUGGAGACUUUAAUGUAUAUGGGGAUACCAAGUAAGCUGAUGUGUGCUGAGACCGUGCACUGCCUCUGCUUUAGUUAUAGUGCCCCGCAUGUCUUGGCUUCUUUUCUUAAAUCCUGGUCCAUUGAUAAGAGAAAUAACACAAAGCAGCAUUUGUAAAUAUCAGUCAUGCAUGGUGCCUGUCUGGAUUCUGUGUAUCAUUCCCAUGUUCCAUGCUAGCUUGCUAAAGCGUUGCAAUGCCCAGUUUCCAGUUGAUGAGCCAAAGCAAACCAUGUCUUAGCAUCAUAAAUUCUUUCAAGCAGAAACUGAUAAUUUAGGAAGAAAAAUGAUCAUACAGAGGGCAACAGUGAGCAUAUGCAUUGACUUUCACAGGAUUCAAUGAUAAUGUCUGCAGUUGUGUCCCACAAUGGCACGUAAGCAGUAGAAGCCUUUGAUUAAUGCAUCACAUCAUAAGAAGGACUUUUAUUUUCAGUAUAUGGAAUUGACUGCCUGCCUCACAUGAUGGCAGCAUCAAGUCUCAGGGAUAUUCAUGCUUCUGUCCUGCUCAUGUCUGCAUAUUCAGAUCAGAGAAAAGGUAGGAGGCAUGCAAUUUAAUGUAGCUUAUCUCUGUUCAGAAACCAAUAGAUGAUAUCACUGUGAGUCGGUCCAGACUAGGACAUGUUGUCUUAAAGUGCUUUUUUCUUAUCUUAUUGCAUCUCCACUCAUUACCAGUAAAUGUCAACACUGACCAUGAAUGCUAAAUUUCUUUUCGAUUAUAGACAGGGCAUUUAAGACUCAAGUAUGGUUUAAAAUUAUUGAGUGUAAAAUGACUUUUGGCCUGACUGUAAGUCACCUUUAGAUUUGAGUGUUGGUUCACUGGACACUCUUUCCAUGCACUUGUUUACAUAUAAAGGUUUCAGUUUAAGAAAACCACUUCAAAACUUGUUAAACAUUUAUCUGAAUUAGCUCAGCAACUGGAAGAAAACUAGAAAAAUUUGAAGGAUCUAAACACACCCACCUCAGUGAGUAAUUUUGGCAUUAAGCUUAGGGGGAUUUUGGAAACCUCCAAAAGGUGAGAUGCCAUGUACCUUCAAAGCUCCAACUCUGAACAGAUGACCUGAGUUUUAAUGUAGUGCGUACUUUUUAAGUUCUGUUGGUAAACUGAGAAAGGUAUUGUGAUUUUUUUUCAUUGCACCAAUGUUUUCAUGAGUGUCCGAAAUUGUGCAGUAGCUUCACUCACCAACCUCCCUCUCUGCAACUGAAGAGGCUGGUUAGCUUGCAGCCCCAUUGAACUUAACUAGUCAUCCAUGAUAACCACAAACACCAUACAGGGGUACAAAGUUGACUUUGGGAAUAAAUACAACACAAGAGACCAAAAAACCCAGAGAGAUGAGCCAGCCAAGUUAGAAGUUUCUAACACAACUAUAGGAGAGGAUUAAAACAAUCAAAUUCUGUUAUAAUGUUGUUCAUGAAAUAUUGGGAGGGGUGGAAGAAGACAAGAAAGGGCCAGUUGUCACUAAAGAGAUAACAAGUAAGCGUAAGGUCCUAAGGGCCCCACUAAUACGCCUCUGUGAAUACAGUAACAUAGGACUCUGUUCUUCUUUACUGCAAAGCUCACCAGGCCUCAGAAUCUUAUCAGUUGCUUUUCCCCUUGCACAGCAUUCUUUUGUUAUUUUACUUCCGAUGUCACAAUAAUCAUUAAAAGGAGACAACUCGAGACUUUCAUUUCCACUUGAUAGGCAAGUGUGCGAUUCUGGAUUGGCUUCUGCUUUUAACUGCUAAGGAGCGGCUGUUCCAGAAGGUGAACCUUCCCAGCAUGCUCCGCUUUAGCUGCCCCAGCAGGAGCACAGUGCUUACUGAAUGUACUAACUGAGGGUUUUUGUCAAGAGUGGCUGUGACUCCCUCUGUGCAAGAACUCAUAUUUAUGAUUGACCUUUUAUGGGUGGGAAAAACUUGCAAAAUGCAAAUACAUGAGAGAAUGUAUUCUGAUGUACUGGUUUUAAAACUUAUUUAGAUGAACGCAACUUUUUAGUCAAGCUGAUACAGUCUAUUAAAUCUGCAGGUCCUUGUUCAGGAAGACAAGGUCCUUCUUUUCUAAUCCUGAAAAAAAUUCAUUUAAUAGUAAAUGUUUUUAAUAAAAUAAUCAGAAUGAUUAUAUCUAUUGUAUUACUGAUGGAAUGAUAAACAAAAAAACCUGAGUUUUUAAAAGUCCUUUCAACCUGUGAAGGCUUUGUGUGUGAUUGUUGUAUUUUACAAAUUAUUUCAAAAUUGAUUUUCUUACGUCUAAAAGAAAAUGUUUAUUAGCUAUUGAUAUAUUAAAGUGAUGUUGUAUUCUUC